AUGGUUUCAUUUGUCGUUCGUUUAGUUGUAUUCAUAUUUUCAUCAACUAAAACGAGGCAUGUAUUGGGUUACUGGACUUCACGCUGUGCCAGGCAGCUGUGGGAUCUUACUGCAGAGGAGCAUCAGGUGCUCCGAGAUGCUGGCCGCGUCCAGAAGCAGGCGCAGCUGGGCAAUCGAGGAUGGGGUCUGGUGCGGAUCAAUGUCCGAGCUCCAGAUCACGUGGUGUUACGUUGCUUAAGCAACUUCCGGCAGUACCCUGACAUGAUGUCCGCCAUCCGUGCGGCAGAAGUGAAUUCCACGUCGCCAGCAGCAGAUGCUGCAAUGGUCGCCAAGUGCACCUACAGAAUAACGAGAUUCUGGUUCGAGAUUCCUGCGGUGCACCACGUGGACCAGCGGCGCGGUCGCGUAAGCUUCGACAUAGAUCCAGACGCGACAGGCCUUGUGCUUCGAGAGGCCUCCGGUUUCUGGCAAGUCGUGCCAUGCCGGCAGAACCCGGGAGAGUGCCGCGUGGUUUUCCGUGUCUACGCGCAUGCUUCCAAGUUGAUGCCAGAGUGGCUUGUAGAGUAUGGAGCCCGGAAGUGUCUCAAACGUGCCACAAGCUGGCUGAAGCCGUUUGCGGAAAAGCGGCCUGGCUACACGUUGGCCGAAACGACAGGGCGCUGCCUUGCCGGUCUGUUUGUUGCUCAGGGUGCCCGUGUGAAGCAGCAUCUCUCCCAGCGUAUGAUUGUCAUUCUGAUGCAACGCAGGAAGGCGGUUUUUGCAAAGGUCAUGAAGUGGAUGUUUUUAAUGCGUUUUCUCCUCGGCUGCACAGCCCAGGCUUUGGCAGGAGUCAAGACAGACGGUGCCCGCUGCGGCCUGAUGUCCCGGCAAGAAAGCCAGUCGCGCUGUUUCAUGAGAACAAAGGGCAAGGUCGGCAACGCUUUUGUGACUUUGGGCCACGAGCCCAUCGAGCAGCCUGCGCAAGACAAGAGGGACGCAGGCAAUCGGAAGCAGGUCGCGGACGUUCCCAUUCACCUCGUCAAGAGCAGCAAUGAGACGGUGAACGAGCAGGUCUUUGCACAGAUCGUCAACAAGUUGAUGGAGAAGGUUAUGGAGGAGAACCCGGCUUCGUUGCAGACAGCUCUCCACUCGAAGUUCGGAGCUAUUGGCUACCGCGGCCGAGCGCUGGAGCACUAUAGUGCAGUCCAGGACCCGACUGGGGAGAAGGCCCACAGUCACAAGCUCUUCAGCUUUAAGGCACCUGCGCUGAUCGACUUUCAGUUCGCCGGAGUCCUUGAGGGCAAUAACUUGUACCUUGAGUCCUCGCUAGGAUUCGGGCCGUACCAGAGCGGAGUGAGGAGGAUCCCUUUGGCCAACAUCGCCCACCAGUUCUCCCUGGUUCUCGCGGCCAUGCACGGCUUCGUGUCGGCCGAGAGUCGCCUGAAGGCCAUCAAAGCGCUGAACAACUUCCGAGAAAACGAUGUCCGAGAAGUGGACCGCCUUGAGCUGCACUUGACGCCGGGUUCCCAUAUCGCCCUGUACAACUUUCAUUCCAAAAAAGGGUAUGAUGGCCUGCCGUUGGUCCUACAAGCGCUCUUUGUGGCCGUUGGCACCGGGACGAGAUCGCGCUGCACAAGAAGUGCCCGCAGUCGCUUCCUCGGACUCUGGGACACCUCCGUUUGGGGUCAGCCCGCUGCAGCCAACCAGCUGGGAAGUGAUUGGAACGCGGAGAGUUUCACUCUGGUCCAAGCAGGAACUAGCAAGAUCGCUCUGCACAACAAGGCUGCCAACCGCUUUCUGAAGAUGUCGGAGCAAACCAGAGCCCAGCCCAGCCCAUGCCCCACCCCCUUCCGGAUGGCUGGAGCAUCGAGCGCUUUGACGUCCUGCACUUGCUUCCUUACUUGGUCCCAUGCUCUGUCGUGGCAUGUGGGGACUGGGGGGCAUGGUCCUGACCUGUCCCAGGGGUCAACCUACGAGCAGUUCACCGUGGCAGAUGCUGGCAACGGGCAGGUGGCACUCCACAGCGUAGCCCAACACCGCUUCAUUAUGAUGGCCGACGAGGGCAAUGUCAAAGGCGGCAGCAAUCCUGAUGCCAGCGACCUCAAACAGUCCCGCAUCUCGGAGAAGUUCGCGUGGUUCGUGUGGAUUCCGCGUAUCUUUGUUUUCCACAACUUGGGAGCAGCCCCAGAGCCGCGCAGGCGCGAACGAUGUGCCUUAUGA